ACGGAAGAGAUGAAGAUUGUCUGGGUUGCUCUUUUCAUGUCUGCUCAUUGUGAGCUGACUUUAACUUUGAUCAGGAAACACAUUUUUAUUAAUAACCCUAUGACCUGGAUCGAUGCUCAGAAGUUUUGCAGAGAGAAUUAUGCCGACCUGUCCACCAUAGACAGCCAAGAGGAACUUACAAGGUUCAGAAGUGAUUCUCAACAGCAGGCAGCUGACAGCAUAGAAAGCUGGAUUGGACUGAACAAAUUCUCUGCUGACAGCCAAUGGGUGUGGAGUGAUGGAAGUGUAAUAAUGUCUAUGCCGUGGAGUUCUGGUCAACCGGACCACCCAUCAGUGUCCUUUUGCGGUAAGAGUAUAGGUGGUGAAUUGCAUGACUACCUUUGUGACAAAGAGUACCCUUUUUUCUGCUACAAGUGGGUGCCUGAACUGAUCCUGGUAACGGAGAGGAAGAGCUGGGAGGAGGCGUUCGAGCACUGCAGGACUCAACACUCUGGUUUGGCGUGUCUCCCAACCAGUUUACAUCUCUUCCAAGCCAAUAACAAGACUGCAGACACACAAACCCCCAGCGUGUGGACAGGUCUGCGCUUUCUGGCAGGCUCCUGGUUCUGGGUCAGUGGGGAGUCUCUGGGAAGUUUGGUCCAGCUGCCAGUAUGCCCUGCCAGUCCCCAGUACUGUGGAUCUCGAAACCUGGCAGCUAAAAGUUGGGAGAGCAGAGACUGUACAGAGAAACUGAACUUUGUAUGUUAUUAAAGAACAGAGGUGUUGAGAAGAGCACCAGAUAAAAAUGAAUGAAGAAUUCUAAGAUAUGUCAAAGUAGCCCUUUAUUUCACUUAAAAACAGUAAAUUAGCAUAAUGUCAAAUAAGGUUUCCUGUUUAUGCAUUUAUCUCUAUAUGCUAUAAGUUGUUUAAAUUAUGAAAAAGUGUCAACGUGUAUGUGAACAUGCUGCUUGAAAAAUGCAUGCAUUACUUUGCACUUAGAAACUCAAUAUUUAGUUAGCUUGUACUGAUAGAUUACAAGAUUUACAGUACUUUUAGAAACUAUAUUGAUUUGAAAACAAUGGUUUUUAUGCUGUCUGUGAGAUUUGAAAAAAACAAUAUACUAGUUCAGCAUCUGUAACCAAGAUCAUUUGAAGAUCAUCAAAUUGUUUUGGAAAUAUACUUAAUAAAUGGAAUCACUGAAAAAUACAAUAAAAGGUUUGUUUCAUUUAAACAGUUAAUGCUAUUCUUGUUUUCCCCUUUAACACCUUGUGCACACCUUAUGCACUGCUAUUAGUUUAAAUUAAAUGUUUAAAAACAACGUUCUUAAGUCAUGCUUAAAAGUGUUUUUAAACAGCAUGUGUUUUUUCUGGAACUAUGUGCUAAUAUGUGUAAUAAAUUAA